GUGUGACAGCGUGGAGACGUUUCUGUUGCUGCUGGCGCUGAAGGUGCGGUACCCGGACCGGAUCACGCUGAUCAGGGGUAACCACGAGUCGCGGCAGAUCCCGCAGGUGUGGCACACCUGCACAGGUGAUGCCGUGGCUGUGUCUGUGGCUGGUUACCUGCGGUACCAGUAUGCUAAUGAGAUGCUAAUGAAGGGUCGGUACUGGCAUGCUAAUGAGAUGCUAAUGAGGCUGGAAAUGGGGCCCAGUUACUGUUACCGGUGCGGGAACGUGGCGGCCAUCUUGGAGCUGGACGAGCACCUGCAGAAGGAGUUCAUCAUCUUCGAGGCGGCGCCGCAGGAGACGCGCGGCAUCCCCGCCAAGAAACCCGUGGCCGACUACUUCCUGUGACGCACCUGGGGCACACCUGGGCACCUGGGGCACCUGGGAUACACCUGGGGCACACCUGGGGGUACCUGGGGGUACCUGGAUACACCUGGGG